AAUGAUAAGAGAGAGAGGGGGGAUGGGGGUUACACUGAGCUGGUAACAAGGGUAUAAAAGAGCCAGGACCAAAAGAAGACAAAGUACACAGGCGCCAACUUGUCCAGAAACCAGACCCGCAAACAUACAGAAUGUCUCAGUCAGAGGUUAAGAAGAAGAAGAGGCCAGUUGUAAAGGAGGAGGACCUGAAAGGAGCCCGCAGUAAACUGGGGCUGAAGGGAGAGGUCAAGAGCAAAACAUACGAGGUCAUGGUGGAGUGUGAGCGCAUGGGGAAGGUGGCGCCAUCUGUUUUCAGUGGAGUAGGAUCUGGAAGCGAGACGGUGCUUGAGAAACCCAAGCCUCCAUCAGGAAGCGUGUUUGGCAAAUGAGUGCAGAAUGGACAAAUGGACUCUGGGUUUUAAAUGCAUGUCCAUGAGCACAUAGAGUACACUUUUGGCAUCCACAUCAUGAAUCAAUCAGCUGUAAUUUGGAUAAUUAUGUCGCAUUUUUGUAAGUAUUAGUAUAUGUUUUUUUUAUAUAUUUUUUGUUGCACUUAAAAAAAAAAAAAAAAAAACCUUGUCUCUAGUGUCAUGUUUUAUAUAUUUAAAAAAAUUGCUAAAAGUGUCUCAGAGUCACCAAGUAUGAUUUCUCUGACAUGCCACAUACAAACAAGUCUGUCAUUUCAAACCAUGUGAACAAAUAUUACAUUAGUGGUUUAAUGAAAUGGUUGCUUGUACAAAUUUGAGGAAGAAUGGUAGAGUACAAAUUGAAAAAGGUGCUCAUUAAAGGAUGUAGUCAUCUAAGAUUUCUAAGAUUUGAAAUUCUAUUUGGAUGGCUGUUUAGUACAUCUGUAAGAAUUUCAACAUCACCAGUAAAGCAACUCCACAACUGCGUGAUGUCUUGUCAGGGAUAUUCCCAUCAGCUGAUAAAGUGACAAAACAACAUAGACCCAAAGUCCAGCUGUAAAUUAAUUUAUCAGAUAUUCUGCUAUGACUUGGAUAAAUAAAAAUCUUCCUACUGUGUAA